GUGCUGCAGAACCAGCUGCUGUCCGGCUCGUGAACGGUCCACAACUUUUUUCUUGCGGAGUCGAGGUGCUUCAUGAGCAGCGGUGGGGAACCGUGUGUGAUGACAACUGGGAUAUAGCUGAAGCCAGUGUUGUGUGCAGGCAACUGGGCUGCGGGACAGUGCUGUUAGCCCCUGGUUCAGCUCAUUUUGGGCAAGGGCGUGACCCAAUCUGGCUGGACAAUGUGGCUUGUUUAGGGAACGAAGCUGCCCUCUCUGAGUGUAAGGCUAAUUCUUGGGGGUCCCAUAACUGCAAUCAUGGAGAAGAUGCUGGUGUAGUGUGCUUAGGUAAGCCUCUCUCUGUAAUAGCUCCACUGAGGUUAAUGAAUGGACCAAAUCGUUGCAGUGGGAGAGUUGAAGUUUUUUAUGGCCAGCAGUGGGGAACCGUAUGUGAUGACAGCUGGGAUAUAAGUGAUGCUGAAGUUGUUUGCCAGCAGUUGGGCUGUGGGAAAGCCCUAUCCAUUCAGGACUCAGCUUAUUUUGGAGAAGGAUCUGGCCCAAUCUGGCUGGAUGAGGUGAACUGCAUAGGGACUGAAAGUGCCCUCUCCAGAU